GUUAUUCCGUACUUCGCAAUGAAGUACUCCGUAACAUUUAGUAACGAAGAAAACAGAAGCAAUCAACUAGCAAUCGCCACGUAAACAAAGGAGGGAGUAAGCUCAAUAGCUCAUGCUCAUCAAUGGCGGCAUCCUCCAUUUCUCUCUCUUCACUUUCGUUCUUCCGAUUACCCUAUCAUCAUCUUCGACAUCAACAGUUUCUCUCUCCUCCUCAUCAACUCCAUCUUCUCCGAACCAUCCCCGCUCUUCAAGCUUCUCGACGAAGUUCCUCUCAGAGUGAUGAAUUGAUAAAUGAUCGCCGCAAAUGGAGCCGAUUCGAUUUCGAUGGAUACGAAGACGAUGACGACGAAGAAGAUGAAGAAGAUGAAGAAGAAGAUCGAAGCUUGGAUUUGUUAAUUAGGUUUGUGGAAAAUAUCUUCAGAAAGGUCUCCAAACGAGCUCGUAAAGCUGUGAGAUCAGUUCUUCCUAUUGCUAUCUCCACCAAAUUGGUGGGUUUUGCUGUCAAUGGACUGAUAAUUUUAUCAUUUUUGUGGGUCUUGAAGGCUUUUCUUGAGGUCAUUUGUACUCUCGGAAGUGCAGUGUUCGUGAGCAUUUUACUUAUCCGUGGGGUAUGGUCUGCUGUAUUAUACUUGCAAGAAGGUCGCAGCCGUCAUAUGAACGGAAUUGAUGAUGAUGAUCCACCUUCAUGGAGCAGAGCACAGCCCGUAACCUGAUCAAUUGCUGCACUGCCUUUCUGAUUCAUCAAUCGUCUUACUCUACCAAUUAAACAUGCUCCUGCCUCGGAAAAAUAAAGAAUAUGCUCGCCAUAAAAAUUAAUACAAGAUCCAUUUUUGGCUGGAAUGAUUGCUGGAUGGGUGACGAUCAAGAUCAUGCAGCGCCCCUGCAGGUGCGUGAACGUCUUUUUGAAUCAAUUUGUACAAAGAACUUACUAAUCUGCCAAAAAGGAUGUGUUAAGCUAAAAUAAUUUUAGGGUUUGAGGACCCUGUUUGCAUUCACCACAUUUUUAAGUUACCAUUAUGGUUUACGAUGAGUUUUCGUACUUCUUAAAAAUGAUCAGCCUGCAAUGUAAACUCCAUUGUAAGCCAAGAGUGUGUGGCAAAAGAUAUGAUACCCCCCUUGGUAAAACUUUGUAUAUUGUGAACAUAAUACUCCGUUUGUGCGGAAGACUAGACCUGUGAACCAUAAUGGUGCACGACAACAUGCGACUGAGACCGUUUUGGGUCUAAUAGUAACACUUAUUCUAUGACUACAAUUGCUGUUCCAGAUUUUUUUCAA